UUACAGAAUGUUAUCAACACUUUUACACAGACAGCCCAUUUGGAGCGCUGUAGUUUCCUUGGCAAUGUGACUGUUGGGAGAGAUGUAACUAUAGAGGAACUACAGGAGGCAUAUCAUGCUGUAGUCCUGAGCUAUGGGGCAGAAGACAAGCGGCAGCUGGGGAUUCCUGGAGAAGACCUUCCAGGAGUGUACUCUGCCAGGGACUUUGUGGGUUGGUACAACGGCCUUCCAGAUAAUAGACACUUAUCACCAGAUUUUAGCACGGAAACAGCAGUCAUCCUUGGACAUGGGAAUGUUGCACUUGACAUUGCAAGAAUCUUGCUGUCACCAUUAGAUCUGUUAAAGAAGACCGAUAUUACGCAGACUGCCCUUAAAGGCCUUUCUAACAGUCGUAUCAAGAAGGUUUGGCUUGUUGGUCGUCGUGGACCUCUGCAGGUGGCAUUUACCAUUAAGGAGUUGCGAGAGAUGAUCCAUCUUCCGGGUACCCGCCCUGUAAAUGAUCCUUCUGAUUAUCAGAAUCUCACAGACUCUAUAAAGGAUCUUCCUCGGCCCAGAAAACGACUUACAGAACUGCUAAUGAAGACCGUAUUGGAGAAUCCUGGAGAGAAAGAGGCUAUCCAAAGAUCCCAAUGUGAUCGCGAAUGGGGCCUGCGCUUCCUCCGGAGUCCUGUGGCUGUUUUGCCUAGCGAAAAUGGAAAAAAAGUGUCUGGUAUUAGGCUGUCUGUCACAAAACUUGAGGGUAAUGGGGAGAAUGCAGUUGCUGUUACUACAGGUAAAACAGAGGAUAUAUCAUGUGGGUUAAUUCUCAGCAGCAUUGGAUACAGAAGUGUUCCUAUCUCACCAAGUGUACCUUUCCUCCAGAAGAAUGGGAUUAUACCAAACAGCAUGGGCAGAGUGCAAGGUGCUCCAGGACUUUACUGCAGCGGCUGGGUGAAGAGAGGGCCGACCGGUGUCAUCGCUACAACAAUGACGGACAGUUUUGACACAGCGCAGUCCUUGUUGGAAGACCUAAAAUCAGGUGCUUUACAUUGUUCAGAGACUCGAUUUGGAGCCUCAGCAAUCCGUGAGCUGCUUCUUCUCAGAGGGAUCCAGCCUGUGUCUUUCUCUGACUGGGAGAAGAUAGAUGCAGUAGAGAAAACCCGUGGAAUGGAAGUAGGAAAACCUCGAGAAAAGAUCUUGGACCCUGAGGAGAUGUUACAGUUAGUUUGUCGGUGA